CACAAGAGGGAGGCAAUGAGGGUUGAUGACCUGAUUGCUCACCUUGAUGUGGAAGAGAAGGCACGUGCUAAAGACACACCUUCCAUGGCAAAUGACGGCACCUCAAACACCAACUUUGUGCAGAAAUCUGGUGCUAAGUACAAGGGCAAACAACAUAAUCCAAAGGCCAAGAAUACAACCAACUUUAAGAAGAAGAAGGAAGGCAUAAUCUGCUAUGUGUGUGGUGAGCCUGGCCACAAGGCCAAUAAAUGCCACAACAGGAAGGGCAAGAAGGGUGGGCAGCAGAACGGACAGAACACUGUCAACGUGGUUGUUAGCGAGCCUAGUACUGCGGGGCUACAAGCGGUUCCCCCAUCUUGAUGGGAAAUGGCUCAGGUGCUGCUGUUCUGGGAGUAGGGAAGGUUGACCUGAAGUUUACAUCAGGAAAAAUCAAUACCUUAAAGAAUGUGCAGUACAUGCCCUCAAUAAAUAGGAACCUGAUUAGUGGCUCUCUUUUAUGCCGAGAUGGCUUCAAAUUAGUUUUUGAGUCGAAUAAAGUUGUUAUUUCCAAAUUUGGUUUAUUUAUAGGGAAAGGCUAUGAGUGUGGAGGCUUGUUCCGCACAUCUUUGUUGGAUGCUGAGAAUAAAUUUGUUCACAACACUAUUAGUGUUCUUAAUUCAAAUAAAGAUGCAUCCAUUUGGCAUUC